GGAACAGAUGUUUCUGCUGUCAGAAAGAACUGAAACAUGAUGCUCAAAGUCAUAUGAAAGAAAGGCAAAAUGAGUGUUCUCUUUCUUACAAGAAAUUUUCUGCAAAAAAGCAUCUGUCUCUUCAUCUACCAAAAAGUAGAGAAAAAAAAUCCACCCAAAUGUUCAUGUGAGAGUACAUUUUGUCAGAAGAGAUUUUCAACAAAACAUAAUGAAAGACACAUCAGAGAGGAGUCAUAUGAAUGCUUAUGUGAGAAAGGGUUUUCUAAAAAGAAAUAUUCGCCUCAGCAUAUCAGAACGCACACAGGAAAAAAGCUGUAUGAAUGUUCAUUAUGUAAGAAAACAUUUGCUCAAAAGAAUAGUCUGACCAAUCAUAUCAAAACACACAAUGUAGAAAAACCAUUCAAAUGUUCAAUAUGUACAAAAAGAUUUUCUUGGAACUUUUCUCUCACCCUUCAUCUCAGAACACACACAGGUGAAAAGCCAUUUGAAUGUUCACACUGUGGGAAAAGGUUUUCUCAAACAAGUGGUCUGAAACUCCAUCUCAGGACACACACAGGAGAAAAGCCAUAUGAAUGUUCAUACUGUAAGAAAAGGUUUGCUCAAAAAGGUAGUCUGAAACUCCAUCUCAGAACACACACAGGAGAAAAGCCAUAUGAAUGUUCACAGUGUAUGAAGAGAUUUUCUCUUAAAUCCUCCCUGACAGAUCAUCUGCGAAUACACACAGGGGAAAGGCCUUAUAAAUGUUCACACUGCAACAAGAGAUUUACACAGAGAUCACUUCUAACUUUUCACCUUAGAAUACACACAAAGGAAAAACCAUACAAAUGUCCACAUUGUAGGACAAUGUUUUCUCGGAAAGGUAGUCUGAAACGUCAUGUCAGAACGCACACUGGAGAAAAGCCAUAUGAAUGUCCACACUGUAUGCAAAGAUUUUCUUAUAAAAGGCCUCUUGACUGUCAUCUGCGAAUACACACAGGAGAGAGGCUAUAUAAAUGUUCAUUCUGUUACAAGGAAUUUUCUGAGAAAAGUCAUCUGGUUGAUCAUAUUUCAAUACAUGUGGAAGAAAAGCCAUAUGAAUGUCCACUUUGUAAGAGGAUGUUUUCUCAACAAAGCGGUCUAACCCUGCAUUUCCGAACACACACUGGAAUGUCAGGAAAAAAGCCAUUGGAAUGUUCACACUUUGGAAAAAUUUGCUCAAAAGAGGACUCUUGUUAGUCAUUAGUCAUUAUCAUCAUUGCCAUCAAUCCCAAGUUAUGAAUUCGGUUUUGUCUCCAUGAAUGAGGUUUUGUCUCCAUGAAGGAGGUUUCUGGAUUCACCCCACACUUGCAGCAAUUGCCCCUACCCCCUCCCUUCACUUCGCCGUAUUCAGUGCAUCCUUCGCCAUCAACCAAAUCCUGGCUCUCUUCUUACACUUGUCUCUUCCAUUUCUUCUUUGGUUGUCCCUUCCCCCUCCAACCACCCACCUCGAACUCAAAGCCCUCCUUAAAACGUGUCUGUCAUCCCUCCAAGCACGUUCCCAUACUGCCGUACCACAUUUUCCUUAGCCAACCAUUCCACUGUACUGUAGUGUUCUGAUUGACAUCCGACUCAUCUGUAAAGACAUAGUCAUGUGAUGUCAAUGCUGUAUUAGAGUAACCAACUGAAUGACCAUACUGUAAUGACCUGAUAGUUAUUAUCUGACUAAUAAUCAGAUUAGAGAUAGUCAUGCUAAUGUCCAUGUUGUAGGAGAAAAGCCAGGUGAAUUACUUUACUUGUCUUGAUGGCAUUUAUUUUCUCUUUUAUUACCAGGUGA